UGGAAAGCAUUCACCGGCCUGAUGUUUUUACUCUAAUUAUAUUAUCUCCAGUCCUGUACGGCUCAGUUGAAGAGGUGUAUCCAGGGGCCAAUUUAUAAUCAUUUAACCAACACCUGUUUGGGAGAAAUUGACAGUCAAAGGGCACAUUUAAAAAAAAAUCACAUAUGUUCUUGUAUUUAUUGCCUCAAUGUGAAUGUUAGCUCGCUACAAACAAACUUGGUCGAGGAGAUAAAGUCCCUGGGAAAACUGAUGCAUCACUUUUUAACUGUUUUUAUCUAUUUUAAUUUGGCAUGUCUUCCCCCACACCCCAAUGCCUUGUGACUAAGCAGAGGGACCACAACUCAAUUUUCUUGCCAUGAUUCAUCCCAUCAGUUCUUAGUCUGUUUUUAAAGAGCUUUGAUUUGCAAAAUCUUGAUUGCAAACUUACAGAUCUAGUAGCAUAAAAUCAACACUUUUGAAAACAUGCUUAGAUUUAUUUCCCUGGUCUUGCAACUAAUGGUUGUGUCUUUCUCAGUAUAUUCUCUAAAUUUCCACACAUGUCUAUGGAUGGUGCUCCAAAUGAGUUCUAUGCCCAUAAGCACAAUAACUUUGGAAAAAUUAUCUUGGUUGGUGAUCAGAUAAGUUUCUGAAUGUUCCAAUUACUUCUAAGUUUUUAUGCUUGGAGAUCAUUAGCAUUAAACAAGCAAUUCCUAUGUUCUGGGGGAGUUUCCUUGAGCUGAGCUUGUUAUGGAUAUUCAGGAAAUCUGAACUAUGAUUAGGUUUGUCUGCCACAUCACAUUUAGCCACUCAUAACUGUUCUGCGGUGAGUUAAGCCAAGAUAUUAGAACUGGGUUAAGCUUAUGUUGAACUGCUUCCAAAGUGCAGGACCCACCCCUUCAUUUUCAUCCCUGUUACUCAGCAAACCCCCUUCCAAGCCUGAAAUGGGAAGACAUCUUCUACCAUCUAGAGUCUUGAUUCAGUAAGGUUAUAAAUCAUGUGGCAAGACUUCAUAUGUAGAGCAGCCAUCCUGCUUUAGAACAUCCCUUCUGAUACAUGGAGGGCAGAAUGGCCAGUAAUGGCCCUGCACUUCCCAUCAUGCAACAUGCCAAGAGUGCUCCGUUUCCAUGAAUUUGAACUGGUCUCACUCUACUGAAAGCCUCAAGAACGGUCUGGUUCACACAACAGAUAAGAUUUCUUUUAUGAUUGUUUUGGUCUGUGUGGGUUAUAUUGUUCUUCUGCUAUGGAAAACUGGCUCUUUAUUACACACUAAAAAGAAACAAGCCCAUACUCUCUGACUUAGUUGCUUCCUGCUUAUGUUUCCAUCAACAUACUGCCUGUAAUACUAGAGCUAAUAUAUAUCCAUUGCAGCUGUUAGCCAUUCAUAGCUUUUUCCUCCAUGAGGGUAUCUAACUCCCCUAUAUAGCUGUCUGAGUUGGUGACUACAUCACUGUCUGAGUUGCUACAUCACCUUCUCACCACUGGUGUUCAGGAGUUGUCUAUGAGGUGGGGAAGGGUACCAGAAGGCCGUGGUUGUUGCCACGCCAUGUUUCAUAUUCAGUCUGCACAUCAGAGCCGUGGAGAAACCAGAACCCUAAGGGUAUGUGCAUACUUUGGCUUUUUAAGGUCUAUUGUACAGUUAAAACAAAAUCCCCUUUCGCUGGGUAAUUCUGCACAAUUUGUCAGUGAGUUAAUCUAUUGAAUCUAUGGUACAAAUUGAACAAUAUCUUCAAUAUGAAUCAAACAGUUCUGAGGAAAACAUGUCUUGUGCCUCACCUAAAAAGGGAGAGAGGCACCAACUUAGACAAGGCAUCCCCUUCUGUGCAGAAAAGCAGCGGAAAACGCCUUCCUGAAGAGGGGUCUGCUAUUCAUCCUGUCUGUCACUGCAGCCUGCUCCCAUCCGGCAUCCUUCAGGUUUUACUUGUAAUGGAUACUCGAACACAGCAGACAUUUAUAUUGAAGGGUCUCAGGAAGAGUAGCGAGUACUGCAGGAAGAGAAAGACCAUCAUCCCCCGCUGCGUGCCCAACAUGGUGGCUCUGCACAAGUACAUCAUCUCAGAAGAGUCGGUAUUCCUUGUGCUGCACCAUGCAGAAGGAGGCAAACUGUGGUCUUACAUCAGUAAGUUCCUGAACAGGAGUCCUAAAGAAAGCUUUGAAGCCCCUAAAUCCAAAUGCUCCAGCUCUACCAAAAUAAAGUUGCAUCAAGCAACUCCAAGUCCUCCAGAUGCCGGCAGUAGCAUUGAUUCCAGGGGAAGCAAUGGAAGCAACAUGUUAAAGGUUUUACCACUGAAGGCCAGUCUCACUCCAAGUUCUCAGGAUGGCAGUAGUAACCAGGAAGAUGGCCCGGAAAGUUCUCCUAAGUGGAUUGAUUCUGGGUGCAGUUCAGAGGAAGAAUGCACAACCAGUUACCUGACAUUAUGCAAUGAAUAUGGCCAAGAAAAGGUCGAUCCAGGUUCAUUAAAUGAAGAGCCAAUCCUGAAAGCAGAUGAUGGGGUUCUUCUUACCAAAGACCAAGGAGAUUCCCAGGCAGUUUCCAGUGGCAGGUUGGGAUCUGCAUUCACAUCUCAGGAAGUAAACGUUUUUGCCAGUAAUGCUGAUCAAGAAAUAGCUAGCCCUAGCAGGAUAUCGGAAUCUCUAAGUCAUUCCAAAAACAGCCCAAUGGAAUUCUUUAGAAUUGACAGUAAAGACAGUGCCAAUGAACUUCUGGGCCUUGAUUUUGGAGAUAAACUUCACAGCUUAAAAUCAGAAUCUUUGAAGCAACUUUUUCCUUUGGCGGAUUGGGAUAAAGGCUUGGAUGUCAUUGACAACAAAUUGGGCCCCGUGUCUCAGGAUACAAUCAGCAGGGGUUCAAAUGAUUCUGUGCCAGUGAUCUCUUUUAAGGAUGUUGCUUUCGAUGACGUCAGCAGUGUGGACGAAGGAAGGCCUGACCUUUUGGUCAACUUACCUGGCAUAACUGAGCAAAUGAAAGAAGUGGCAGUAGAUAGGCCUGCAAAGCUGACAGAGCAGGACAAAGAUGUUUUAGAGAGCAAGCUUUUGGAAACCCCGGAUGUCUUGCAACUGAAUAAUAGCACCGAGCAGUGCCGAGUGCUUGAGAAAAAGGCAGACCAUUUGGUAGGAGAAGAAUCAAGAGGACGGUGCAGGGACAAUCAGGAACCAAUCAAGAUAUGCCAUAUGGUUGUUAAUGAUUCAGCUGGUUCCAAGGAUAGGACUCACUUUCAAGGGCUUGGAGUGUCAGCAUGUGCAUCAUUUGAUCCGUUAGGUGUAGAAGAAAACUUUCUGACUCCCAGCACACAAGCAGCUGCUAAAGAAUGUAGCUUGGGUGUGGACAGGGAAGCCAUGCUGCUGUUUUCGGAUCAUGCUGAAGCCUCCAUUGAAGAGAGGAUGGCCUCUGUCUCACUACACAAAGCAGGAAGCGUGGAGCUGGAGGUGGAGGGAAGAGGAGAGAGCGAAAUACACCAAAUUUUUCAGGACCUCGAUGACAGAUUAGCACUAACCUCCAGGUUUUACCUCCCUGAGGGCUGCAUUCAAAGAUGGGCAGCUGAAAUGGUUGUAGCCCUUGAUGCCUUGCAUCGAGAAGGAAUUGUGUGCCGUGAUUUGAACCCAAACAACAUCUUAUUGAAUGAUCGAGGACACAUUCAGCUAACGUAUUUUAGCAGGUGGAGUGAGGUUGAAGAUUCCUGUGACAACGAUGCCAUAGAGAGAAUGUACUGUGCCCCAGAAGUUGGUGUUGUCUUUGAAGAAACAGAGGCCUGCGACUGGUGGAGUCUGGGUGCCCUUCUUUUUGAACUCCUUACUGGGAAGACCCUGCUGGAAUGCCAUCCUGCAGGUAUAAACACCCAUACCUGUCUGAACCUGCCAGAUCACAUCUCAGAGGAGGCAAGGUCACUUCUUCAGCAGCUUUUGCAGUUCAAUUCUCUGGAGCGUCUCGGUGCCGGAAUCGCUGGAGUUGAGGACAUCAAAUCUCAUCCCUUCUUUGCCCCCAUUGACUGGACAAAGUUAUCCAAAUGAAGACGCCUCUAAGCCCUUGGGCCAUGCUUGGGUCCUGUGACAGAUACCUGCUUUGGCUUGCUGCCAUUUUCAAGACUUUUGGAUGUCUCCAGGCACGAUAAAUAAAGCUGGAGAUUGGAACCGUAGCUCCAAAAAAUGGACUGUCUCAACGAAUCAGUGAUGGGACAAAACUGCGGUCAACACUACUGGGCACUGAACUUAGUUCUCCUUUUCAGUCUGGAAGGAGCUGUGACAUGGCAGAGCUGCCAUUGAAUCUCCCCAUCCUCUCUUUAUAGCAGGGGUCUCAAACUCAUGGCCUGCGGGCCAAUUGCCGGGACAGGCGGGGCACG